AUGGGUGUAUACGAAGAGUCAAAAGAACGUUUGGUUGGUCUUCAGAAUAAAGUACAACGCGUGUAUGACGCCGGUGAAGCACUUACAAAAGACCAAUCGAAGACAGCGAGAUCAAAAUUCAAAAUAAUGUAUGCGUCGUUAGAAAGCAUAUCUAACGAUUUUGAAACGCAUCUUAAAGUCGUUAUACGUCAGCAGUGUAAAGGCGGCGCAAGCGGACCAGAUGGAAUAGACACAGAAAAAGAACGUGCUGAAUUUGAAGAAAAAUAUAUUGGUUGUAAAAUCCUCGCAGAUGAGCAUUUACCAGAGUCAUUUGCCGAGGCUAGUUUGAACCAAACGUUUAUGGAGAAAAAAGUUCCUCAGAUCAAUAUUCCGGUAGAAAAAUUGCCAGUACCUCACUUCAAUGGCGACCAAAAAGAAUAUACGAGUUUCCGCAACCAGUUCGAUGUACUAGUACAUAAUAAUGAAGUUUUUAGACCGGUCAUUAAGUUUAGUUAUUUAAAGGCGUACUUAGAAGGUGAACCGUUAAAACUUAUAAACAAUCUAAUGCUCAGUGAUGAGAAUUACGAACUAGCAUUGAAUAUUUUAGACAAGCGGUACUCAAAUAGGCGCACAAUAGCACACGACCACUUCGACCAGCUUUGGACAGCUCAAAAGGCCAUACUAGGUGACUCAAAAUCAAUACGACAAUUAUUGAACACCAUUACCGAAUCAGUCGGAGCAUUAAAAACCCAGAAGUAUGCUGUUGACCAAUGGGACCCAAUAUUAUUAUACUUAUUUCAAAAAAAAUUGAAUGCCCCACUAAGAGGUCAAUGGGAACUAUUAGUCGAUACCAACGACGAUCCAACCGUCGAGGACUUCGUAACAUUUUUGACCAAGUUUUGUAAAGCGGCAGGUGCUGGCCAGUCCAGUGCAAGUGGACGUGAAAAAGCAUCAACUACAAAACCUGACAAAAUCACAACACUGCAUACUACACAAUCGAAGUUCAAAAAACCUAAACCCAUGCACGCUUAUGCAAAUGAACAAAAAAAAUCAUUCUCGUGUCAAGUGUGUAAGGCAACACCGGGACAUUUAUUUAUUUAUUGUCCGGACUUCAAACAAAAAACACCAGCCGAAAGACAUCAGUUGAUAAAGGAUCUCAAUCGAUGUUACUUGUGUUUCAGUGAACACAUGUCGGUGAACUGCAAGAGUACACGAGUGUGUGAGGUGUGUGGGGGACGCCAUCAUUCUUGGCUACAUUUGGACAACAAUGCAGUGGAGGACCAAUCAAAUACUUUAUUGUCCUCUGUAGGCAAUUUGCCGAUACGCUCACAAGUGCUCAUGUCUACCGUAGAAAUUCUCAUACAAGACGCCAAUGGGUGUUAUCAAAGAGCACGAGCAUUGUUAGAUUCUGCUAGUGAGAGUAGCUACAUGACCGAAAGUUGUCGACAUAGACUAGGUGUAUCGCGGCAGAAGUGUCAUUUAGCAGUUAGUGGCAUAUCUGGAGUGAAAGUACCCACGAUAAAAGCUCGAGCGCAAGUAGUUAUUCGCCCUGUACGACACCAUGAACAGCAAAUGACAAUCGAAGCGUAUGUAGUAACACAAAUUACCGGAUGUACGCCGUCCAAACAUAUACGAGAUGCAGAUUGGGUGCAUCUAAAAGAUCUUGAACUAGCCGAUCCAAAUUUCAACGAACCAUUACCCGUAGACGUACUGCUAGGCGCCGAAGUUUUCCCCUACAUCAUACGAAGUGGGCGACGGGAAAAUUUACUAAGUGAGCCAGUUGGUAUCGAAACAGUGUUCGGUUGGGCUCUAAUGGGAAACACAGGUAACACUAAUCCUAAGAGAAGCACUACGUUAUUAACAUCUUUGGACAGUGUAGAUCUUGUGUUACGACGGUUCUGGGAAAUAGAGGAAUUAUACAUCUAA